ACCGCCCUCGAUUUCUUUGUAGUGAAGUUAAAUGGCGGCCGACACGUCCAGGGGAUAUUGCGGGGCUUUGACCCCUUCAUGAACCUCGUCAUCGAUGAGUGCGUGGAGAUGGCGCCGGGGGGGCAGCAGAACAACAUCGGCAUGGUGGUAAUACGGGGAAACAGCAUCAUCAUGCUGGAAGCCUUGGAACGAGUAUAG